AUGAUUGAAAUAUGUGGUAUUUGUUUGGAAUCUAUGAAUGAAACUGAUCAAGGGGAGCUUUUACCCUGUGAGCAUAGAUAUCAUGUUUCUUGUAUUAGGAAGUGGCACUUAUAUUCGAACGAUUUUAAGUGUCCUACAUGCAGAAAAGAGUCCAAAAGCCUUCGCCGUAAACAUGAUGAUAUCGAGAUUGAUUUGAAGUACUGGUGUAAUGUGUCGUUGAUCGAGCAGUUUGCCAAGCUUCGAUUACUGAAUGAUGAUGAGCAAGAAGCAGUAGCAGCGAUAGAAGAGGAAGAGGAAGAAGAAGAAGAAGAAGAGGAAGAGGAAGAAGAUCCUAAUGGCAAUGGUGACCAGGAUACACUACAAUCGGAAGAGAUCGGACAUCAGCCACAGAAUAAUAAUGGCAUGCAGGGAGUAGAGCUCUUGCAAUGUGCCUUAUGCGGUGAAAUUGAUGAUGACAUAACGUUAUACUGUGAAUCAUGUGAGACGUUAUUCCACUCUUCAUGCCUGAAUGAGUUAUUGUGCGAAGUCGGUGAGAAAGAAUGGUGUUGCAUAGAGUGUGAUGGUACUCUUUGUAGACUACGUGGGAACAAAGUAUCUUCAAUGGUAAUACGAGAUUCGAACGUGAGAAUUUACGAUGGAAGGAUGAGAGAUAAGCGAAGUAUUCUUACUGAAUGCAUUUACAAUAGAUUCGCACAACCUUACACCAUCAGUUACGAGGACAAAUGCAGGAUACAAGGAUACGUACGAACAGAGUUGGAUAAAUUCUACCACCGCGGAUCUUUAUCGAAGGAUCGAUACAUCGCCAUAAACAAAAUGGUGUCACGGAAGUUAUAUGGGUUAUCUUCAACUGGGUUCGAUCCCAGCAGGAUAAAUUACGAGGAGCAGGCUAGGCUCUCCAUCAGGGAAGUUAUGUAA